AUGGCUCCUUCACCCUUGGUAACACCUUUUUUUGCUGGUUGGACUCACAUUCUACUCUAUGGCGUCAAUGCUGUUCUGUUUGUCGUGGGGAUGUACCUCCUUCGACAACGGAAAUCUCGCGAAGGCACCAUGUUUCUAGUCGCAUCAUCCUCUUUACUAUUCAUCCUGGCGACUUUCUCUGCUAUAGUCAACACAUUGGUGGUGGUCGGGGGAUACCUCAGUAUACCACUACCUGGUGCUAGUCCUACUUCGAUCAAUCUCCAGGCAUGCAGUAUCAUUGAAUUCGUAAUUACUCAACUUGUAGACUCCAUUGCAUUCAUCAUAUUGGUCUAUCGUUGCUUCCAUAUCUGGGGCCGUCGUUAUCUCGUUGUUAUUGCCCCAGGGUUUCUUUUCCUAGCAGCUACUGCUCUUUACUACUACGAACUGCGCCAGUAUCUUAUUAAGCACCAGUUCGGAGGAGCACCUACGGCGGAAUUCAUGACAAAGACAUUUCCAUAUAUGAUCACUGAACUCUUUCUGUCUCUGGUAGCCCAUGCGUUGUCAACCUCUCUAAUUGCUGGUCGGAUAUGGACCCUGAAAACACGCCUACAGGACCUCGGGAAUGAGGGAAUCGAAGGUAGUCUACCGCAGAAAUAUAACUCAAUUAUUGCUAUAACGUUGGAAUCGGGAAUGAUCAUUCCAACGUUUCUCAUCGUCUUCACUGUUUUUGACGUCCUUAAUACUAAGACUGGUGCCCACGGCGAUGUUAUCGUUGUUUGGGGGACCAUGAUGCCUCAGAUUUCUGCCCUCGCUCCUCUGAUAAUCAUGAUUCGUGUUGCAUUGGGACUCACAGUGGAGCGUUACAACGUCGGAAAUUCACCUCCUCUAAGUUCGAUAUUCUUCGGAGCUCGGACUAGUCAAGGUUGCGGAUCGGUUCCGCAUGUGUUAGAUGUUCAUCGAGACGUUUCAGUGUCAGUAUCCGGCACCUCGCCAUCGGACUUGGAAGAUCUGGAACGAAACUCAGUUUCAAAAGGACAAGCAAUAUAA